AUGUACGGUUGACAUGAUAGGUGGUUGUGCAUCUUUAGGCGAUAACAGGGUGACCAAUGUGAACACGGAACAAUCAAGUGCGCCCAACCAGCGUUUACCCCGAGAGCAGUCGCACACUGACGGAACUCAAUAUACGGUUAACAUGAUAGAUGGUUUUGCAUCUAUUGGUGAUAACAGCGUGAUCAAUGUGAACACGGAACAAUCAAGUGCCCUUCCACAGCGGUUGCCCCAACAGCGGUUGCCCCAACAGCGGUUGCCCCAACAGCGGUUGCCCCAACAGCGGUUGCCCCAACAGCGGUUGCCCCAACAGCGGUCGCUCACUGGUGGAACUAAAUAUACAGUUGACAUGAAGGGUGGUUUUGCAUCUAUAGGCAAUAACAGCGUGAUCAUUGUGAACACGGAACAAUCAAGAACUCCAAGCACUGCUGGAAGCAGCAAUAGUCAGUUUAAUUUUCCAGGAGAUCAGGGGAAUACAGAUCCUCAUAACCCUGAAACAGGGGCACCCUUAGGGGAAUCAGAUUCCUAAGGACCCCCUGUGACAUCGCUCCCUUCUUUGGAAGAAUCUUUCGGGGAUGAAGCUCGUGGAGCUGUCAGCAGGCAUCUCGAAACGGAGUUUUUUUUUUUUCCAGUAAAAGAGUGUUUCUUGCUUAUGGAGAGUAGUUAGCUGUGGUAAACUGAAAGCAAAGUUUGAAAUCAUAAGUCGAAAUGAAAAGGCAAUUUCAAGUAAGAGAAAGACCGUUUUUGAAAAUAAGUAAAGUAAAAUCCUUUAUUUAAAAUAUGGUCAGAGUAAAAACAUUAUAUGCUUAAAGAGUUCUGAUUUCCCUAAAUGUGGGGUCAGAUUUUGCCUUUGAAUAGAAUUGUGUAAAACCACAUGAAUCAUUAAAGUAGUCCGAGACACAAUGUUAAACGAUAAAAAUACAACUAUAUUUAAUCUGAAAUAUCGUAUGGGUUUACUUAUAUUGGUGUCGGGGAAAGGAAUGGAAAUAUUAUAUUACUUUAAACCAUUCGAUACAAAAAUUCUAAAAAGGCAGGUUGAUUACUUCUUAUUUCUUUUGGAAGUCUGAUCUUAAAGGUAAAGUUUGGUCACGUUUUCCUCGUUAUGAUCGUGAAGUUGAUAUGGAAACAGUUGUUCAGUUUCUACGGUAAUUAGAACUCGUGAGUGUCUUGGGAAAGCUAUGUUAUUAAUUAAGUUAAUUUGUUAGUCCAGGUAAAGAAAAUCUCUCUGGUAAAAAGUCACGUUCGACACCUCGUUUUUAGAGGUGACUUAAGGUGUAAACAUGUGAUACCCCUCAUGUUUCGCAAUUAGGUAGUUAUUAUGACUGGCACUUAGCAACUUGGGGGCGGUACCUGUGAACGCCCCUUCUCUAACUGUUGUGAUCACGAUGUUGUUAUGUAACGGUCAUCUAAGGUAAUUUUCUCUUAAAAUACCAUUUCAGGUGUGAAUAAUAUUCUGUCAAUAGGUUAGUUAUGACUUUUAUAUUACCAAUCUGGUUUCUCUUCUGGCCGAUCUCAACUGUAAGGAUAAGAAAUUUACGGUAGUAAAUGAUUUUGUAACUGCGCAAAUAACUCGAAGGCGCAUAGUCCUAGCAAGCACGAAUUGUCAUACGUAAUCUAACAGGAUUCGCUGGCUGAGAUGGAACGAUGACGAUACAAGAAGAUUGACAGCUUAGUGGUGUCACCUUUAUAAACGGUGACCCUUGCUUUCCUCUUUAGAUAGAAGGUACUCCCCGUUGUAACAACUUGAGAAGAAAAUAGAUUAAAGAAGAGUCAACCAA